GGCACUAACUUUUUAUUUUUUUCAUUUUUGAGAAAACUUCACUAACAUUAAUUUAUAGCCGUCAUCCACUUUAAAUAUUAUCCUCCUCCUUGUGCAUCUCUUCAUCAGAUUCAACAACUAUGGGUAUGGCAGAUGCAAAAGAAAGAUAUGCUGUUGUGACAGGUGCAAACAAAGGGAUAGGAUUGGAGACUGUGAAAGGGUUGGCCUCAAAAGGAAUCAAGGUGGUGCUCACGGCCAGGGAUGAGAAGAGGGGUUAUCAAGCUGUUGAGGAAUUGAAGAAAAAGUGUGGUUUCUCUGGCCUUGUGGUGUUUCAUCAGCUUGAUGUCACUGACCCUGCUAGUAUUGCUUCUUUGGUUGAGUUUGUUAGGACCAAGUUUGGGAGACUUGAUAUAUUGGUGAACAAUGCAGGAAUUAGUGGAUUCAACACAGAUGGCAUGGUGCCAUCUAAAAUUAACUGGAAGGAGCUGCCUCAAACUUAUGAAAUGGCUGAAAAAUGCCUAACAACAAACUAUUAUGGUGCUAUGGAAACAACUGAGGCAUUUCUUCCACUUCUUCAAUUAUCCAAUUUUCCCAUGAUUGUAAAUGUUUCUUCAGAAGCUGGGCUAUUAAAGUACAUAUCAAAUGAAUGGGCAAGGAGGGUGCUUGAUGACACUGAAAACCUUACAGAAGAGCUGAUAGAUGAUGUGCUGAAGGAGUAUAUGAAAGAUUUGAAAGAUGGUUCCAUUGAAAAAAAGGGGUGGCCAACCUACCUUUCUGCCUAUAUGGUCUCAAAAGCAGCCAUCAAUUCUUACACAAGACUUCUGGCAUAUAGGCACCCAAACUUGUGCAUAAAUUGUGUGUGUCCUGGUUUUGUUAAAACAGACAUUAACCGAAACACGGGCAUCUUAUCUGUUGAAAAUGGUGCUGCUAGUGUUGUCAGAUUAGCAUUGUUGCCUAAUGGUUCCCCUUCUGGUCACUUCUUUACUAGGCAACAGGUGUCAAGCUUUUGAAUGAUUUGUAGGUCCUGAUUGGAUAAACUUCUUUGUAAGUACUCGUAGAUGAAAAAAAUACAAAAGUUUUUCUCAUAAGUUAAAAUUAACAUAUGUAUAACUGUAUUAGUUAAUUUUAAUUUAUAAAAGAAACUUACUUUAUUUCAAGUGUUUAUGAAGAAGUUAUCCGGAUCAGGACCUUUGUGUUACAAUCUUGUGGAUCACAUGUGGAAAAAUGAUUGGGGGUGUGAUGUGUCUUGGAUGAAAUGCUUACCCUUUGGUCUUUUUUGUCACAUAAUGGCAUGUGGGGUAAUGCAUCUAAGUUACUUGGCUCUUUUAUCUUCUCACAUUGUUGGCGCUUCAAAUGGUCAAAUCCAAAUCGCAAUGAUUUUUGACUAUCAUAUACCAUGACAUGAACCUUUCGGCUGUGAGAAAAUUAUCAACAUUAGGUCAUUAUAAUGUUUGGCCUUGUCAUCUUUGUUGUGAUCAGAGUGCUACUUGACUUCAAAACUUGAACACGUGCAAUGGUAAAGCACUGCUGAUAGUAAAGCUUCACAAUGAUGGAUGUCUGAAUUCAUGUUACGACAAAAGAAAACACAACAAUUGUAACAGGACUUGCCAAUGGUGCCAUUAUUUUUGUGUAGGCUAUACCAAAUUUA